AUGUUAUAUAAAGACAUCAUAGAUGUAGAAUGUUCAAGAAAUUCUGAAGAUCUAGAAGGUGUAGAAAGUCCUGAAGGUCCUGGCAGUUCUGAAGGUUCUGAUGGCUCUAGAGGCUCUGACAGUCCUGAAGUAUAG